CAUCAUCUCCCCAGAUCUCUCUACUUUCUCUCCUUCCCACCCUCACUCCCGCGUCAGAUCCACAACAGCCUCUCAGAUAAGGCCUUCCACCACUGGACAUCGUGCCAUGGACGACCCCAUACAGGAGCGCCCGCGCUCAGUCUCAGAGUCCGACCCUUUGCUCGGCAGCGAACGUCGUGCAAAGAAACCGUUCUACCGUCCGCGUCCUCUAUGGAUAGUCCCAUUCGCGAUCAUUGCAUCUAUUUCGCGAGGAAUGACGCUUGCACCUCGCGUCGAAGUCUACACACAACUCUCAUGCAACGCACUACACAAUCAUUACAACCACACUUCCGGCGACCAAGAUGACAGCGAGGACGACGACAGUGAUGACCCUCGACGCCUUCCAUCACAGAUCUGCCUAUCCGAUCCCGCAGUGCAAGCCGGUGCCGCGCGCCUGCAGACAAUCAUGACCACUACUAUGGGUGUGCUGAGCGCCGUCACGACCGGUUGGUGGGGCCGCUUUGGCGAGAAGCACGGCCGAACGAAGGUCCUCGCUGCCUCGACGCUCGGCCUGCUCCUCACCGAUCUGGCUUUUAUUCUCGUUUCGACGCCCUCUUCGCCGCUUUCUCACCACGGCCACAAGCUCCUCUUGCUCUCUCCGAUUUUUGAAGGCCUCCUCGGGGGCUGGUCGACCCUCCAAGGCGCCACUUCCGCCUACGUGUCAGAUUGCACGUCAGAUGGGUCCCGCUCGCAUAUUUUCUCGCGCUUCACCGGCGUUUUCUAUCUCGGAUUCGCCAUUGGCCCUACACUCGGCGCCUUCUUCAUCCGGCACCCUCUCCUCAACCCUGACUCCGCCGGCCACCCAGACACAAAGGGCGUGCCGACGGUGACGACCGUGUUCUGGAUCGCCAUCAUGUGCAGCUGCGCCAACCUUCUCCUUUCGGCGUUCGUGUUCCCCGAGUCGUUGGGCAAGGCAAAGUUGAAGGCUGCCAGGAAGGCGUUUGCGGCGUCUUUGACCGCCGUGGACGACGGGGCCUCGCCUUCGGGCGAUAGUAAACAGCUGAGGGGCGGCGUGGUGGGUUUCGUGGUGGGGUUCUUCAGCCCGUUGAUGGUCUUCGCGCCUAGGAAGACGGAUAUGGGAGGUAAGAGCCUGAGGAAGAGACGGGAUUGGAGCUUGACGUGGCUGGGAUGCGCUUUGUUUGCUUAUAUGCUCUCGAUGGGUGUGUUCCAGCUGAAGUAUCUGUAUGCCGAACAUGUCUUCGGAUGGGGUGCUGAGCAGCUGAGCUACUACAUCUCGUUCGUCGGGGGCGCUCGCGCAAUUCAUCUUCUUUUCAUCAUGCCAUGGCUCAUAUCCGCCUUCAAGCCUGCACCCGUCGUGACAUCCGGCCCCUCCUCCGGCCCCUCCUCCGCAGACCUCCAGCACUCCAUCUCGUUCGACCUCGCGAUCAUGCGCUCCUCGCUGUUCUUGGAUAUCCUCUCCCACACGCUCGUCUCGCUCCCGCUGACCACGACCUCCGUGUCCUUCACCGGGCUCACGGUCAUCAGCUCCUUCGCGUCCGGGAUGCUCCCCGCCGGCCAGAGCCUCGCGAUCUGCAUCAUGCAGCGGAACGGGUUCGGCGAGGAAGGCCUCGGCGCGCUAUUCGGCGCGAUCAGCGCGCUGCAGGCCGUCGGUCAGAUGAUCCUCGGGCCCCUUCUGUUCGGGAUGAUCUAUUCGAGCACCGUCGCGCGCUUCCCGCAGGCGAUCUUCGUGCUCGCCUGCGGCCUCGUCGUCUUCUCGCUCUCCAUGCUCCUCCUCAUCCGCGCCGACCCUACGCAGCGCGCUGCCGCCUCCACCGCCGGACCGAGGGCGAAGGCCGCCGCGGGUGCGAAGGGUAAGGGCAAGGCGAAGGCGAAGCUUGGGAAGCUGCGUAUUACGGACAAGCCGGAGCCGGAGCGCGGGAGGUCGCGCGCGGUUAAGCAUGUUGGGGACGGGCCGAGCGCGAGCCAGAGCGCGGCGAGCGUGUCGGAGGCGGGCCCGAGUGUGAGUGCGAGUGCGGCGACGGUCGCGGCCGCGGGCGGGUCGUCGGACGCGGUCUGA